CCUAUCCUUUUGCGUACCUCGGUGGGCUCACAUCAGAACCGGUGCCAAAGCAGAGCGGGCCAAAGCGAGCCCACAAUUGCUUGUACGACCAGAUCUCGCUAGGCCUCGCUGCUGCGUGCAAGGAUACAAGCAUUGCCUGCAUGAACCGAUUUUGGCGUCCAUCAUUAGUUCAUAAAGGGAUGGCACAAGCGAAGGUCACAUCUCAGCCGCUAGCCAAGACUCCGGCAGGCAAAGAGAACAUCUACCUGGGCAGUUACUAGUUGCGUUUACGCACAAUCCUCUCUCAUAGCAAACACUCGUGCUUCUACACACGUCCAAGCGUCCGUCAGCCCAACUACAUCUCACGCCGUAAUUGCGUAUGUCUAUCAAAGGCGACUCGUCCUUGCCAGAUUACACUCAAAGGAUGACCGGCGACACGCCAGCUGUUCAGCUGCAAGUCCUCGCCGCCUCCGACGGAAAACCCACCACCGCGCCAUUCACCGCCUCGUCUGAAGACCCACCGAGCGCAGACCAUUCCUCCUCUGAAGCACUCGGUCAUAAAGUCGUCCUUUCCACCGGCAGGACCGUUAUUGUGGUCACGCAGCUGGUCGGCGUGCAGCUCUUCACCAGCUUCUGCAAUGGUAUUGUCGUCAUCGGUCUGCCCGCCAUCAGCACGGCCUUGCACAUCGAAGCUGGUCUCCUUCUCUGGCCGACUUCUGUCUUCUAUUUGACUGCUGGAUCAUGUCUAAUGCUGGCUGGCUCCAUUGCUGAUGUUAUUGGCAACCGAAUCACCAUCUUAGCUGCAAAUGUUUUGUUGGUUGCAACUGCCAUCGGCUGUGGCCUUUCUAAGACGGGAGGCGCGCUUAUAGCCUUUCGCGCCCUCCAAGGUGUUGUGAACGCUAUGGUUGUUCCUGCUUCUGUGUCAAUCGUUUCAACGAGUGUUGAAUUUGGAAGACCCCGCAACCUCUCCUUUGCCUGUCUAGGAUUCUCUGGGCCCCUUGGCUUCCUGCUAGGCUUAGUACUUGGUGGUGUUAUGAUAGACCUGGUGGGCUUCCCGCCAGCGUUCUAUCUCGCUGCUGGUGUGAGUUUCGUCUUGGGAGUGUGUGGUCUGUGGGUGCUGCCAGCAGAUUCACAGACCAAGGUAUCGUGGAACACGCUGGGCAAGCGACUUGUCUACGACCUAGAUUGGGUUGGCACCCUGAUUGCCAGUGCCGGACUAGCAAUAGUGUCCUACGUCUUGGCGAUGCUAUCGGCCGACAUUCACAAUAUCCGCAAAGCUCCUCAAAUAGUGUUGCUCGUCAUUGGACUUCUCUUGGCACCAGCCUUUGCCUAUUGGAUGCACUUUCGGGUAAAGCACAAUCGCCCUGCGCUGAUUCCAAACCACCUCUGGCGGAACACCACAUUUACAAGUAUCUGCAUCAUGAUUCUUUUUAUAAGUGCUGUUAGUAAUAGCAUGGAGCUGUAUAGCAGUUUGUUUUUCCAACAGGUUCAAGGCACCUCAGCCUUAGGUGCGUCGCUGCGUAUCCUUCCAGCCCUUGUGACUGCCGUCCUUAUCAACGUGUCAACCGGUUUCUUCGUUGAUCGCAUGCCAGUCGUCUUAGUGGUACUUGUCGCUGCAACUCUAUCUGCCAUAUCGCCGCUACUUAUGGCUGUCGUCGACCCCGACUGGCCCUACUGGUACAUGGCCUUUAUUGCACAGGUCCUCCAGCCCAUAUGCCCUGAUGUACUAUUUACGGUCGGAGUACUGAUCACCUCGGCCGUCUUCCCGGCGAAGACACAGGCUCUCGGUGGAGCAGUGUUUAAUACUUGCUCUCAACUUGGUACUUCAAUUGGAUUGACUAUCACAGCAGUCAUUUCGGAUUCUAUGACAGCCAAAUCAGGUUACACGGACAAUUCAUCCCCAGCAGCGCUCCUGGAAGGCUAUCGCGCGACCUUCUGGGCAUUGUUUGCAUGGACUGUCGUUGUCGUCCUCGUGGGCGCCGGUGGUCUACGAAAACUGGGGAAACUUGGUAAGAAGCAGGAGUAA